UGACCUCUUAUAAAAAAAUCGAAAUCUUAGCCGAGAAGCAAACGAACGAAUCCAGUAGGCAAUGAUCCUGAAAACGACCCAAAACAACAAAACCCAUUGGAAAAUGGUACGCGCUAAAUAAGCCGCGGACGAACCACACUCUUCUUACUCUUCUCUCUGCUUCUUAACCUGAAAGCUGAUCUCUACUAGUAAUCUGAGCUCUGUAAAGGUAAAGGUUUUAGAAACUUCUCGUAAAACCCAGAUAUUGUCUGGGCUUUGUUUAAUUGGCAACGAUGAUGCUUCAUUUUCGAGACCCGGCAAAGUUGAAGACUAAGAAGAUUGUGUUUGAAGAGGCUUAUGCUGCUCGUGAUUCCAUAACACUUGAGCAACUGAAAGAAUUGAGCUCUAAGCGUAGAAUGAUUGAGGAGUCUAUUAAUGAGAGCAGCUCCAUUACUACGGCCAUUGCAAGAGAAAUGUCUGGAGGGUUAACUUCUCGUUCUCAACAGGUUCUUCACAACCUAGAAAUGUAUCUUCCAUUGCUGGAGAAUUUGAUUUUCCAUGUUGGCAUGAUCAGCGACUUCGGCCAGAUAGUUCGAUGGAAUUCAGAACUUAAGAUGCAAUGGACUAGUGCUCUUAGUUCAUCUUCUUUCUUUAACUUUAAAGGUCCAAAAUAUUUUCAAAUCAAUAGCUUGCAGUUUGAGAUUGGUAUGACCCUUUUCCUUUAUGGUGCAAUCCUUCAGGAGAGGGCAUUAGAAGUUCUUCCUGCAGACCUAGUGCAAUCGGCCACCCUUUUCAGAGAAGCUGCUGGUGUUUUUCAUCAUCUUGCUCAUAAGGUUCUUCCUAUUCUACAAUAUUCACUCACUGCGGAAAGGCCACCAGAAGUUGUCUCAUCUGUGUCCACUGUCAUGAGCCUCAUUUGUUUGGCCGAGGCCCAGGCGGUAACAACAAAGAGGGCUGAAGAGAAGGGCACUACCGUGGGUCUUUUGGCAAAGUUGCAUCAUGGUGUUGCAGAGUUGCUUGAUGAAGCUGCAGGUGUUUUAAAUACAGCAAGUAGGGAUUGUAAUGAUAUUUCUUCACGCAUUGUGGAAUUCAUAUCAUGUUGCAAAGCGCUACAUGAGUUAAAAAGUAAGAAAUACUUUGCUGAAAGCCUGAAGAUUGCCAACCAAUUCGGGGCUGCCAUCGGAGUUCUUCGAGUUGCACUGGUUGAUGUGAAGAAGAAGAAAAUGCCAGGCGAAGAGUCAUGGAAAUAUGUUCUCAAAGAGGAAAUUGAUAAGUUUGCGGAAUUACUCAGGAAGCAUGAACAUGAAAACGAGUUUGUUUGGCAUGAGAAAGUCCCCUCUGAGGAUGAGUUGCCAGAACCUGAAGGUAACAAAAUUGCAAGUAUCAUACCUUAUCAACCCAAAAGAUGGGAAAGACAACUUGCCUUCAAGAUUUGAAUGUACAAGAACCACUUAUUGUAAAGCAUUUCUGUUUCAGGUGAAGCCAAACAAAUUAAAGAUUCCUAGAUUAGCGAAAAUCCAAGUUUUUGCUGGUUUCUUUCUUUAGCUAUAUGUGCUGAACAAAAUUGUGUAUAUUGAGUUGCAACUUUGCUGGUGCAUUGCUGCGUUAUCUCCUACAAAAGAAAGGAAUUUCAGUUACAUUCUUUUAA